AUGGAGGAGGCAUUGGACUGGAUCUCUGACAACCAGGGCACAGUCGCCUUGACUUGGGUUGCUGUAGUGUUUGCCACUGCUGUUCUGUGGCUCACGACUAAAGGAGAAUCUGAAGCUGCUGUGGACUUUGAGGUGCCACUGCCGAAGCAGUGUGAGUCUGGUUGGCAAGGAGAGGUCCUGCAGGAGCCAAGUCUGAAGAUCUCAGGUUCUUCAGCUGUUCAGUGUUACUGCCCAGCAACAGGUCAACUCCUCGGCGUCAUCAAUCCUUCUACUCCAGAUGGCAUUGAUAGAGCUAUUUCACGUGCUCAAGAGGCUCAGCGCACUUGGGCGCUGACAACGUUCUCGCAACGUAGAAAGGUGCUUAGAACACUCUUAAAAUAUGUCCUUACUCAUCAAGACGACAUCGCCACAGCAGCAUGUCUGGACUCUGGCAAGACACGUGUAGAUGCUCUGUUCGGCGAAAUCCUGGUCACAGCGGAGAAACUCAAGUGGACGAUUGACCAUGGCGAGAAGGCUUUGCAACCCUCUUCUCGUCCUACGAAUUUUCUCAUGAUGUACAAGUCUAACUCGGUUGUCUAUGAGCCUUUGGGCGUCGUGGCUGCCUGCGUUAGCUGGAACUAUCCUUUCCACAAUCUAUUGGGACCUAUCAUCUCGGCACUGUUCACCGGAAAUGCAAUUAUCGUCAAGGGAUCUGAACAGACAGCUUGGUGUUCUGUCUUCUUCGCGGAUAUCGUCAAAGGUGCCCUGAUGGCUUGCGGACACAGCCCUGAACUGGUACAUGCUGUCACUUGUUGGCCUACUACAGCAGAGCACCUUACCUCCCACCCUGACAUUUCUCAUCUGACCUUCAUCGGCAGCAAGCCCGUGGCUCACCAUGUCUGUACUUCAGCUGCCAAAGCUCUGACCCCAGUGGUGGUAGAGUUGGGUGGUAAAGAUGCAGCCAUCAUCCUCGAUGCUCCCAAUGGCAAGGCCAUGGCAAAAUCCGAAUUGCAGAGAAUCGAGAGCAUCAUCAUGCGUGGUGUCUUCCAAUCUGCCGGUCAGAACUGUAUUGGCAUUGAGCGUGUCGUCGCCAUGCCUCUUGCCUAUGACUACCUUCUUUCCGUCCUGCCUCCAAGAAUCCGCUCCCUCCGUCUCGGAAACGCCCUCACAUCUACCGAAGUCGAUGUCGGCGCCCAAGUCAGCCCAGCCAACUUUGGAAAACUCGAAUCUCUUAUUGCCGAAGCUGUAUCUCAAGGCGCUGUCCUACUUGCAGGCGGUAAACGCCAUUCUCACCCCGAAUACCCUCAAGGCCAUUACUUCACACCUACUUUACUCGCAGAAGUAACACCAGAAAUGCGCAUCGCACAAGAAGAAUGUUUCGCACCUAUUUGCUUACUCAUGCGUGCAGAAACUGCCGACCAUGCCAUCAGCAUCACAAACUCGACAAUAUACGGUUUGGGUUGCAGCGUCUUUGGGCCCGCAUCCUCACCCUUGCAGCACGUAGCCGCCAGCGUCAAAAGCGGUAUGGUCGCCAUCAACGACUUUGCAGCCUACUAUGCUGUUCAACUUCCCUUUGGCGGUGUAGGCGGCAGUGGAUAUGGACGUUUUGCAGGUGAAGAGGGACUUAGGGGUUUGUGUAAUGCAAAGAGUGUUUGUGUUGAUCGAUGGCCAUCGAUGAUCAAGACUGCCAUCCCUGCUGGUUUGGAUUAUCCUAUGAGAGGCACUGCAUGGGAGAUGGGUAAGGGUGUUGUUGAGUUGGGGUAUGGAGAGACUUUGAUGCGUAAGAUCAGAGGGUUGAAGAGGAUGCUUGGAGGCAUGUAA